CCCUCCUAAUAUGCGCAGUUUUGCUGCAGCCUGGAUCCGAGCACAGCUGCCCGGUGAAACCAGCGGCAAACAUCAGUGAAUAUUUAGCUACUGUGAUCAAUGCUAACCUCAGACCACCAGAAAACACAAGUGCAAACUAAACUGAACUGGUGAUAUCGUAGUACGCCAAAGCCUAUCUCUUCUCUUAGUGUUUUGGUUCUGACCAAGUGGCUAUUGCUCUACAAAUGGAUAAUGGAGACUGGGGCCAUAGGAUGACUACUCCUGUUACCUUGAAUGUGGGAGGCCACCUGUACACUACCAGCUUAUCCACCCUACAGCGCUAUCCAGACUCUAUGCUGGGUGCCAUGUUUCGAGGAGAUUUCCCGACAACCCGGGACUCUCAUGGAAAUUACUUCAUUGAUCGGGAUGGAACACUUUUCCGGUACAUCCUGAACUUCCUGCGGACAUCUGAGCUCACCCUCCCUGUAGACUUCACAGAGACUGACCUCCUGAGGAAAGAGGCGGACUUCUAUCAAAUCGAACCAUUAAUCCAGUGCCUUAAUGAUCCCAAGCCUCUGUACCCUCCUGACAUCUUUGAGCAGGUAGUAGAGCUCUCUAGCACAAGGAAACUGUCAAAAUAUUCAAACCCAGUUGCUGUUAUCAUCACACAGCUCACCAUAACUACAAAAGUCCAUGCCCUGCUGGAAGGUAUUUCUAACAACUUUACCAAGUGGAACAAACACAUGAUGGACACCAGAGACUGCCAGGUGUCGUUCACCUUUGGACCAUGUGACUAUCACCAAGAGGUGUCACUGAGGGUUCAUCUCAUGGAUUACAUAAUGAAACAGGGCUUCACCAUUCGGAACACGCGAGUGCAUCAUAUGAGCGAGCGUGCAAAUGAGAACACUGUGGAGCAUCAUUGGACUUUCUGUAGACCAGCUCAUAAAGUUGAAGACUGAGCUGCAGUACACCACUGCUUUUUAGUUUUCAAAAAUAUCACAAGUCAUCAAAAAAGAACAAAUACAAUUUCUGUUACAGUCAUGUAUUACAAGGAAUACAACAAUUUUUGAAUUACUUUUGUCAUCAUGGUCCACUGUACAAGACUUAAGCUUCAGAUGGAAAGUGCAAAAAAAAUAAAAGACUGAAUCCUUUAUUUUUGUUUGGGCCUUGUGGUGCAAUAAUACCUAGGUGCAACACCUAAUUCUCUGUCCUGCUGUCAUGAGAUAUCUGAUGACAUUUCCUAAACUAUGAAUUCACUACUAAAGUUUAAAUCAAAACCAAUCAUAUCACAGAAAGCAGGAUGGAUAUUCUUCCUUUUAGGGAUUUGCGCCAAUGCCAAAACUUUAUCAAAUGGUAGCAAAUGUAUUAUUAUAGGAAUCAUUGUGUAUUUAAUAUGGCCCUAAUAUCUUAAGGUAGAAAUAAAGUGAAUGUAAACAAACUGACAUGAUUUGAGACUAUUCCUAUAUGGAGUAUAAAAAUGUACAUCUGAAUAUGCAUUAAUGUAAAUUUCAAUCAAUGUGUGGGGGAGGGAGGGAGGUAGUGGGUGGGUUGAUGGGUCAGGUGGUGUCAGAAAAAAAAUGGUCAGGUGGUGUCAGAAAAAAAAUGUUUUGCCCAUACACAGGCAAUUGUGGCCAUAAAUCAAACCAGCUUUUGGGCUCAAGUCACUGAAUUAAGAGUCUUUUUAGACCCUAAGUCGUCUUUUUAUUACAAUAAAUUAUGAUUAUCUGUAGCCCAGUUUCUUUCUGAUAAGUUUUCAGUAGAUAUUAUGAGUAGUCUUUUAGCUCCCUGUUACCUCUGUGUAUGGUACUUUCUCUGAAGACCCCAGUAGUUGUUGCAUGUGUCAGAGUGUCUUGUGUAUGUGUAUAUAUAUGUAUUUGCUGUGUGCUCUUUGCACUAUUAUGUCAUACUGUUACACUUUAGAUCUCAUAUCAACAGUGAUGUGUUAAGUCAUCCCGGCCAAAUAAACCCAUUUGUGUAUUUGUCAGUCAUUAA